UUUUCCAUUGCAAAUGGUGGCACCCUAUUUCUUUACAUUCUAUGGUGAAACCGCACGGGCGCGCGCAGGCUGCAGCAGUUGCUAAUAGAAACCGUGUCACGCGCACCGAAACAGUGACUGACUGAAACUGCAGAGAUUUAAACACUCCACGGCAAAUGAACAUUGAGGGAAGAUAACUUAAAUAUCGUCGCAAGAAAUAACAUGAAUGACUCCGACAACAUGCUCAUGAGUCAUACAGAGGGGAGGAGCUCUACUCCACCAGAGGAGGAGGACGAAGAGGAUGAAGGCUUCUCUCCCAUUUCUGCAAUAGCUCCAGAGGCUGAUUCAAAUCAUGAACAACCUGCUGUCUUAUCAUCAAAUCCAGCCCUGCAGUGCCUGGAAGAGCUGUUCUCCACGGGAAAGAUCAGUGGGGAGAAAAUGGCUCGUCUUUGGGCCAGUUUCAACCUCUUGAAUGAAACUUUGAGAAAAUCGCAGGAAUCAGAAAUGCAUCUGCAGUUGGAGGAGAAGGCCUUACGCACCAAGCUGGAAAAGCAGAGGCAAGAGUUGAAGAAGGCCGAGCUGUUUCCUGAAGGACCGGACACAGAGGCCAGCAGACUGAAACAGACACUUCUGCAGUACAACAACCAGCUGAAAGAGUCCAAAGAAAGAAAUGAUCAGAUGCAUUUCCAGUUGGAAUGUCUCGAAGAGGAAAAGCUCUGUCUUGAGAAAGAAUACCAAGAACAACCUACACAGACUGAGCUAGAAAAUAGGUACAUGGACCUGAAGAACAGUUGUGAUGAGGUAAGGGAUGAGGUGGUUCAUCUUAAACAGGAAGUGUGUACUUUAACUACGAGCUUGGAGACUAAACAGAAACAUAUAAAGAUGGAACAAAAUGAGCUGAAGGAUUUAAAAGAUCGUGUUGAGAGCAAUGAGGCUGAGCUGGCUCAGUUGCUUCUCAUACCUGUUCAGCUGGGAAAGGAGAUCGACCAGGUCACCCACAAGAAAUCGGAAUUGGAGAAGCAGGUAACAAUAAUUGAGCAACAUCGUAUGGAGCAUAUAGAGCAUGAGCAGAAGAUAAAGGCAAAGUGUGAGAACCUGAAGGAGGACCAAAGGGAGGUGGUACAAGAACUGGUAGGCCUUAAGGCUCAACUGGUGGCUGCAGAGAACAGACAAGAUAGACUUCUCAAUGAACUGCAGAUAACCAAGGGAAAAGAGGCCAUCUUCAUGGAUCGAAGGGCUCUGCUGAAGAUAGAGAUGGAACAGAUUGUUGCUAAGUGCCUGUCUCUCCGUGAUAAACUGUCCCGAGAUACACAGCUGAAAGACAAACUUAUGCAAGUCCUGAAGAGGAAUGAACUGCAGCUGAAACAGGCCAGAGACUCUCUCGCUGAUACUCAACAGAAACAUGAGAAUACCAAGGCUCAGAGAGACACAGUCCCAGAAGGUGACAGCUUGUUGCAGAAAAGAAAAGAUCUGGAAAAGGAAGUGGAAAACCUAAAACGCAGCUUGAUUAGCAAGCAAUCUAUGGCAGGUCUCAAGGUCCAGCUGGUUCAAGAGUAUGUGGAGAAGGAACAGACUUUGAUUAAAGAGUGCUAUAAGCGUAGAGAUGAGCUUCAACACCUUUAUCAUCUCAUACCUAUCAAAAGAGAUGAAAAGGAGCAGAAGAGACAUGAGCUGCACAAAGCACAGCUAAAAUAUAUGCAUUCUAAAGAAGAUCUGCAAAUGAAAGGAAUGGUUAUUCAAGAACACUUGAAACAGACUCAAGAGACCCAGUCAAGGCUUGGUGUGUUUGCUAAGCUGUAUGAAGUCACCAAGGCUGAGCGGAAAAAAUACCAAAGUCUGAUCCACAUCUCAACACAGAACCUGGCAGAGGUGGCAGAGAAGCUGGCUAUCCUGGAAGAAAAUCAUAAGACUCUGCAAUUGACUGCUAUCAACACAGACAAGAAGCUGCAAAAGUCCAAUCUAUGGCACUCUCAAAACUCAAGACGCAGAGACCAAAUGAAACGUGAAAUCAAACAGGAGGAAAAUGUUCUGAAGGAAAUUCACCAGAAACGAGAGGAGCUGAAAUUGAAAAUCAGCAAGCUCACAUACACAAUCGACAUGCUGGAGCAAAACCAGUUGGGUAUUUGCAAGAGCUAUGAUGCCGCCAACCAAGAACGCAAAAAGCGGUGUGUGCAGCUUACAGAAAGAGAGAAGGAAUUGUGUGUUUUCAAUGAGAGACUAAAUGAGCUGGUUAAAAGGAUUGAAGAAAGCAACCUAAAGAUACAGAACAAGAAUGAUGAAAUUAGCCAACUGAAAAUUGAACAGAAAGAGCAAGAAAGACAGACCAACCUGCUGAAGAAACAGUUGUCAAUCAAACAGACCCUGGAGGAAGAGAGCAUCUUAUUACAGAUACAGCUGUCUGAGACGAGAGACAGACUGACUAGUCUAGAAGGUGUGGACUAUUACAGUACAAGAAAACUUAGUAGAGAAGAUGCAUCUCCUGAGGAGCUCAUCAAGAAGAUUGAACAGCUUGAGGUGCAACUGGUAGAUAAAGAGGCUCAACUCUUGGAAAUGGAGCUUGUGUAUGAGCAGGUUACGCACCUUUCUCAGCGCAUCCAAAUCAAAGCUGAGAACGGUAAAGAAGACACGCUGCAUCUGGCUAAGAAAGUGAAUGAGCUUCAGGCUCAAAUCAGAAAGCGCACUCAUAAAAUGAUGGCAGUUGUAGCGGAGCUGUCCAUGCGACAGGCGGAGUGUAUAACCCUACAGCAGCAGCUGAAAGAAAAUGAACUACAGCUGGACUUGUGUCAGAGGCGUGUGGAGCAGGGCCUGCCCCCCUCAGAUGACAUAGAGAAGGAGUGGUUGCGUUACCUUCGAGAUCAGCAAAGACGCCAGGCAGACGAAGAGAAAAAAGCCAGGAUGGCUGAAGAAGACGAAUGGAACCAGCUUCCAAAUGGUGUUUACACCACAGCUGAGAUUCGACCCAAUGCUUACAUCCCAACUGAUGAUCCGUUGCCAGUGCCCAAACACUAUGGAGCGCUGGCCCCGUUUAAACCCUCCGAACCUGGUGCCAACAUUCGUCAUAUCCGCAAACCAAAAUCCAAACCUAUUGAGAUAUAGC